UUGACCAGGCUCCACCCACGAAUUCUGUUUUCUUUUAGAGGUGACUGGAGAGCCCGGUGGGGUGUAAGUACACUGUGCUUACAAAACUAGCAGGAAGCUAGCAGUCGUCUCCAAACCCGGAGAAGGGGAAACAGGAAUCGAUUAGGAAUAAAGGAUUAUAAUCAACUUUCCUUCUGAGGAAACGCUGGGAAUCUUCUCAUUUUGCUUCAUGAAAACUAAGCUGAAUCGACUGCUGCCAAACAUCUAUUAAUUAGGCAAAACAGGCCUCUUGCCCGUGCUUUGACUUUCCAGCACAGCCCGUUCUUUUUCUCCUCUGCAGCUGAUUGGCUCUGGAGUGUGGCCAGAAGCCUCUCUCCCGCAAUUAAAGGAGUCGGGUCUCUAACUGUUGAUCUGUUUGGUUUUUUUUUUUUUUUUUUCCCUCCUUCUGAGCAAUGGAGCUUACCAUCUUUAUCCUGAGACUGGCCAUCUACAUCCUGGCAUUUCCCAUGUACCUGCUGAAUUUUCUGGGCUUGUGGAGCCGGAUAUGCAAAAAAUGCUUCCCCUACAUCUUGGCAAGGUUCACUGUGAUGUACAACGAACAGAUGGCAAGCAAGAAGCGGGAGCUCUUCGGCAACCUGCAGGAGUUUGCGGGCCCCUCCGGGAAGCUCUCCCUGCUGGAGGUGGGCUGCGGCACGGGGGCCAACUUCAGGUUCUACCCACCCGGAUGCAGGGUGACCUGUAUUGACCCCAACCCCAACUUUGAGAAGUUUUUGAUCAAGAGCAUUGCAGAGAACCGACACCUGCAGUUUGAGCGUUUUGUGAUAGCUGCCGGGGAGAACAUGCACCAGGUGGCCGAUGGCUCUGUGGACGUGGUGGUCUGCACCCUGGUGCUGUGCUCUGUGAAGAACCAGGAGCAGAUUCUCCGCGAGGUGUGCAGAGUGCUGAGACCGGGAGGGGCUUUUUAUUUCAUGGAGCAUGUGGCAGCUGAGCGUUCGACUUGGAAUUCCUUCUGGCAGCAAGUGCUGGAUCCUGUCUGGCCCCUUCUGUUCGACGGGUGCAGGCUGACCAGAGAGAGCUGGAAGACCCUGGAGCGGGCCGGCUUCUCUAAACUGAAGCUGCAGCACAUCCAGGCCCCGCUGUCCUGGGAGCUGGUGCGCCCUCAUAUCUAUGGAUAUGCUGUGAAAUAGUGUGAGCUGGCAGUUAAGAGCUGAAUGGCUCAAAGAAUUUAAAGCUUCAGUUUUACAUGUAAAAUGCUAAGUGGGAGAAGAGAAACUGGUUUUUUUUUGGGGGGGGUGUUGUGUUUUUGAUUUUUGAUUUUUUUGUGUUUUUGAUUUUUUUGGCGGGGAGACGGUUUUGCUCUUGUUGCCCAGGCUGGAGUGCAAUGGCUUGAUCUCCGCUCACUGCAACUUCCGCCUCUGGGUUUAAGCGAUUCUCCUGCCUCAGCCUCCCUAGUAGCUGGGAUUACAGGCGCCUACCACCAUGCCCAGCUAAUUUGUAUUUUUAGUACAGAUGGGGUUUCACUAUAUUGGCCAGGCUGGUCUUGAACUCCUGAUCUCAGGCGAUCCACCCGCCUCAACGUCCCAAAGUGCAGGGAUGACAGGCGUGAGCCACUGCACCCAGCUCAAGGUUUUUUUGUUUUGUUUUGUUUUGUUUUUGAGACGGAGUUUUCGCUCUUGUUGCCCAGGCUGGAGCACAAUGCUGCAAUCUCGGCUCACCACAACCUCCACCUCCCGGGUUCAAGCGAUUCUCCUGCCUCAGCCUCCCAAGUAGCUGGGAUUACAGGCAUGCGUCACCACACGGGCUAAUUUUGUAUUUUUAGUAGAGACAGGGUUUCCCCAUGUUAGUCAGUCUGGUCUUGAACUCCUGACCUCAGGUGAUCUGCCUGCCUCGGCCUCCCAAAGUGCUGUGAUUACAGACAUAGGCUACCGCGCCCGGCCUGAAACCUUUUUUAGGUAAAGUUGAAUUCCGUCCUUAAAAGUUUAUGUUAUAUCCUAUUUAGCCAUUUUCUAUUGUCUCCCAAAAAAGUCACAUCAAAAAAACGGCUUUGAACUCCCCCUUCAAAGGAAACAGUCGACUUUCAUAAUUAGCAUCUACCAUUCUCCCCAAAUCUUGUUUUAUUCAUUGGCUUGAAAUUUUUUCCAAUUGCUUUUUUUUUUUUUUUAAGGUUAAGAGCAGAGGUUUACUAGGCAAAAGAAAGAGAAUAGCUCUCUGCUGCAGAGAGGGGUCCUGGAGAAAUGGGUUACCCCAGUUGUCUUAUUUAAAUAGUUACCCAUCAGAUUUUAAUUUCAUCUUGUCUUUGAGAGCUUGGUGAUAAGCAGCACUUACAUCACUCAAAAGAAGACUUUGAAAAGGGAGCGGUGAAAAGGUCUCAAUCAUUUAUUGAUUGAAUUAAGAAAUACUAGCUAAUUAAAAGUCCCAGUCUAAACAGCACAGAUUUUUUCUUUUUGCUUUUAAAUUGUGUUUU